UCUCUCUCUUCCCCAUUCCCAACCGUUGUUCCAAACAUACCACGUUAUACAAACGUCACCCUGCUUUCGUGUUCCUCUCGUCUGUUCGCCUCCCUACCACUGAAGAGCUUCAAAGUGUCGGCGGAAGAAGGGCGGAGGCGCGAGGAGCCAUGGCGGCGUCGGUGGCGCCGGCGCGGCGGUCCAUACGUGAGCUGGUGAUCCAGAGCGUGAUGAGCAACCAGGCCCAGCAGCAGCAGCAGCGGCGGCGGACGAGGAAGAGCCUCUCGUGGGGCGGCGGCGGCGACAGGGGCGGCGCCGCGGCUGUCGGGGACGACGGUGACACCGGUUUUUGGGAGGAGGAGGAGGGCACCAUGGAGCUGGCCCAGAUCGGGGCCGAUCGGACCAAGAACGUACUCAUCCUGAUGAGCGACACCGGCGGGGGUCACCGGGCUUCCGCGGAGGCCAUUCGUGAUGCCUUCCGUAUCGAAUUCGGCGAUGAGUACAGGGUGUUCGUGAAAGAUUUGUUUAUGGAGCAUGCGGGAUGGCCUCUGAACGACAUGGAGAGGUCGUACAAAUUCAUGGUGAAACAUGUACAGCUGUGGAAAGUGGCCUUUCACAGCACCUCUCCUCGUUGGGUCCAUAACUUCUACCUUGCUGCCAUCGCAGCCUUCUACGCCAAAAAGGUGGAGGCCGGACUGAAGAAGUACAAGCCUGAUAUCAUCAUCAGCGUUCAUCCUCUCAUGCAGCACAUCCCUUUAUGGGUACUGAAAUGGCAAAACCUUCAGAAACGAGUUGUUUUUGUUACUGUAAUCACGGACCUCAACACCUGCCACCCGACAUGGUUCCGAACCGGCGUCAACAGAUGCUAUUGCCCCUCUGAGGAAGUAGCAAAGAGGGCUUCAGUGGAUGGGCUACAACCAUCACAGAUCCGUGUGUUUGGUUUGCCCAUCAGACCUUCCUUCUGUCGUGCUGUUCUUCUUAAGGAAGACCUGAGGAAGGAGCUUGAGAUGGAUCCGAAUCUUCCUGCGGUCUUACUUAUGGGAGGAGGUGAGGGAAUGGGUCCAGUUAAGAAGACAGCAAGGGCCCUUGGUGAAUCACUCUUUGACAAGGAGCUCAGCAAACCAAUUGGGCAGCUUGUCGUCGUUUGUGGCCGUAACCAAACUCUAAGCUCCACAUUACAGACCAUUCAGUGGAAGAUCCCUGUGAAGAUAAAGGGAUUUGUCACUCAAAUGGAGAAAUGGAUGGGAGCUUGUGAUUGCAUUAUAACAAAGGCUGGACCUGGUACAAUUGCUGAGGCUUUGAUAAGGGGACUUCCUAUUAUCCUAAAUGACUUCAUUCCUGGACAGGAGGUUGGCAAUGUCCCUUAUGUGGUUAACAAUGGAGCUGGAGUGUUCUCCAAAAGCUCGAAACAAACAGCGAGCCUCGUCGCUCAAUGGUUCGGCCCCGAAUCAGAGGAGCUGAAGAAAAUGUCGCAAAAUGCCCUUAAAUUGGCACAACCUGAUGCAGUUUUCGACAUAGUGAAGGAUAUCCAUGAGCUGGCACAACAGCAGGGGCCUUUGUCUCAAAUCUCUGAUUCCCUGACUUCAUCUUUUUUACAGCCAAUAUAACAGGUGAUCAUUUGUGCAAAUCUAACUCCUCCAAAUUCCAACAUCUGUUUAGUGUACAGACACCAUCGACAUUCUUUGGCCUUUAAGAUGGCUUCAUUUCCCGUCGGCUUAGGACAAAGAUCACACUGUGUGCAGCUUUUAGUGGUUUAGGACAUGUCCUCUUCUGUUGUUCUAAUUGGUGUCUAUGGUAUUCGUUUCUUCUUCUACAUUUCUAGAGGUAAAUUAUAUGUGAGACAUUUAGUAUAACAUUGCUUGUUUGAUUAUUGUUAUGUAUAGUGAGGCAGCUGAACUUUUGCUCAAGUCAAAUGUUCUCAACUUAUUAAGGUAUAUUAGUGAGUUGGAUUUGUUGCCA